AUGGUGUCCGUGUGGCCGGGGAAUUACCUUCCCAGUGCUUGCCGCGGGUGUGUGGUCGUGCAUCGCUCGCACCCGGCGAUUUGGGGCAUCUUCCCGGUGCCAGAGAAGGAAGCGCAGAAGGAGGAGUUUCACUGGGAUCCUGACAGCAAGGUGUUCAGCGUGGUGAACGCGAAGCCAUAUCCGGCCUUCACGUAUUUGACCUUCCUCCAAAGCGUGGUGGAUCGCCAUGGCGCGCGCUUUGAACCAGGCCUCACCCGUUCGGAUGGAGGGAAGGAGGAGCUGGCCACGACCUUCGUGGUGGUGGCCGACCCAAGGACUGCCGUCCGCUUGGGGGCUUUGGAGGGUCCCCCAACGCGUGGCUUCUUUGCUAUCGAGCUGGAGAGGCUACAGAGCGCCCCACAGGCCCCGCCGCCCCAGGAGCCUUUCGGCUUUCCCUUGCCAGACGAGAAGGGGCCCUACUUGUGCACCCAGGGAGUAGGAGGACACUUGACACAUUUCUUUCCAGAGAGCUACCAUGCGAUCGAUCUGCGAUGUGCCAACCACACCCCAGUGCUCAGCAUUGGGGCUGGGGUUGUCAAGGAGAUCUGCCAGUCACACAAGUGUGGCGGCAUCCAUGCAGCGAAUUUGGCCAAGUGGAACUCCAUCUCGGUGCUCCUCUCCUGCGGUCUCAUCGUGGACUAUUUGCACGUCAUGCCGGGCUGUGCGCAAGUGCAGGUGGGCGACCACGUGCAGUGCGGCCAAGUCCUCGGGGAGUCCGGCGACAUCGGCUUCGCGCCCGAGCCGCACCUGCAUGUGGAGGUGCAUCGCUCCGACGACCCGGAGGGCCCCUCCGUGCCUGUGCGCUUUGGCGCCUCCGGCUUUGUCCCCGUGGCCGGCAGCUACUACAUCUCCACUGGAGAAGUGCCAGCGCCACACAGCGAAGACAUCUCGCCGACCUCCCGCGGCGCAGGCGUUCCCAGCAUCUCCAAAUCGCGGCGACGCUUGCAACGCCUGGAGCGGCAGAAGCGCUCCCAACGGUCCAGUCAAAGCAGUGAUGCACAAAGCGUUGCUCGGACGAGGCUUUGUAUCAGCUACGAUCUCAGCCUACUUCGCUUCUCCCCACCUCCCCGUGUUCCGCCCUCCUUGUCGCACGGUCCCUGCGUGGAGACGCAGGUCACGGUGCACUUCGCGGCCGAGGGCGAGCGAUGGACCCACGACUUCGAGGUGCCUCAGGACGCCCAAGUCCGAGAGCUGAAGGCCGGCCGCCACACGGCGCGGAGGUCGCAGGAGGUAGAUUCGCCAAGCAUUGGGUCGGUGCUGGACGAUGGGCGGGAGGCCACCAUGCUGAACCCGCCGGGCACGGAUGAGGAGCGCUCAAGAGGAAUGGCACCUGACAGGCUGUUGGGUCGUCGGGUGCCGGACUUCGAGAAGAUCACCCAGGACACCGCCGAGGAUUGUGACCUGGACUUCGAGUUUUUGGGCCCUGUGGAAGGUGAGAGGAAGGCGCGCCGAGACAAAGCCGAUGAACCUCAUUGGGCAGCUCUGCAGCUUCCACAGCAGGAGCAGUUUCAUCUCGAGCCUCCCUUCCGGGACAAGUCCCUCAUGAAGGAGAGCCGUCCGAGCCCGCUUCGAGGCCCCAUGUCGCCGGUGAAGCGCUGGGAAGUCAUCGGCGGCGCCGACAAGGGAGGCAUCCUGGUCCGCGAGGGCCAGUCGACCACCUCGAAACAACUGGCCGAACGCUUGUCCACGGGUGCCUUCGUGGAAGAGCUGGAUUUGCGCGGCGAACGUUUGAAUUACAAGAGGCUUACAGGGACCGGCCCUGAGAUAGGCUUGACUGUCUCUGGCAAGGCCGAGUUGACUUGGCAAAAACUGGCCGCCAGUCGGCUUGGUUACUAUUUGUUUGUUGUGCUCUGGUACCAGCUGGGCUUGGAGAUUGUGAAGCCGUCGCCCAUGUCUCCAGAAGAGAUGCUCACGUCCGCUGCUCAGGGGAGCCUCUCUGGUCACACGAGCGAAAGGUUUUCCUGCGCCCUGUCCCUGCAAGAGGAGCUCAUGGAGGGUUUCGGAAAGUGUGGUUUGCCCAGCGUUCCGGUGGAGUUUCGACGGAGACGGAGGUUCCUUUGCUGGGCCAAAGAAUGGCCGGAAUUUCAGAAAGCCUUGGCCAAGAUCAUCCAAGAGCACCCCAGCAAGACAGGCAGUGAGUUCAUGCGAAAGCGCGCGGGCACCUGGCAAUGCAACGAGCUCUUCUUGACGGUGCAAAGCAUCGUUCUGCCCAGGCGGAACGGGGUGAACCCGGACUCCGUGGGACGUGACUUCGUUCAUCCAGGGGAGCUCCCGGUGGACCCGGACCUGGCGCGGCGGAUCCAAGAUCUCACCGGGCCCGAGGUGGCUCAGAUCUCGAGGGCCACCGUCCUGGACCACAAUGCCGGCAUUGUGUUGAUCGAACGUCAAGAUGGCCGGAAAGAGGAAGUGCCCAAGAGCCGCAUCCUCCACUGGUUUGAGGGCGUGCUGAUUCUACAAGCGAUCAAGAACUCCAAAGUGCCAGUGGGUUGGAUGACACGAGACUUCGAGACGGUGCUGACCCAGCAGAUGGCACGGAUGUCCUCCUUGUCCUACAGUAUCAACUACGUGGAGCAACGACUCCUCAACGAGGCGGUGACUGGGUCCAAGUUCAUUGACCUCCAGGGAGUUCAGCACAACUUCCGGCGCCGUGGCUUGCUGGAGAAGGAGAAGGAGAACAGGGUGUCCAAGCUGGUGAGUGGAGGCGAUAUUCCCUCUGGCUUCUGGAAGAUCAAGACCCUGUCCGGCUACAUGCCACCCUGGGAGGCCUUUCAUGAGUUCAGUCUCUACCAGGAUUUCUAUCUCGUCCUGUGGGACACUCCUUACGAGAGAGUGGAUUAUGCCAAGGAGCCGAACGGCUGUGGGUUGCCGAGCGCCACCUGGGAGCCGGACGAGUGCCUACCGCCGCACCUGGAUGAGCUGCGCUUGCGGGAGAAGCGCAGCUGGAUCCAGCGGAAGAGGGCAGAAGCCGAGGCUCCCGAGCUUCGUAAUGGCGAGAAGCGCAAGGCGAGUCACCGGGCCUCGCACAGUGAGCCUCUUUCCAAGCUGCGACGCUGGCAGCGCGACAUGUCACCGCUGUGCGCCGACAUGUUCCAGUUCAAACUCGGCCAUGACUUCAAGCCCGAGUUGCUGCCGGAGAACAUCCGCGAGGGCUGGCCCAAGAGACCUCAGGAGUACCCGAAAGGCUAUGGCUGCGCUGAUCCGCCGGGCUUUUGUCACGAGCGAUGCGACUGCAUGGACGAUGGUCGACCCCAGCAGCCGUGGGAGACCCACAAGCACUGGCUCGAGGACUCCAGAACCAGCCGCGGAGCAGCAAUGGCCAUCGAACAUCUCUCAGCACAAUCGACGUUCGUGAGGCGUCGUGGUCAAGUGACCAACAUGCAUCACCACUUCGAGACCUUGAAGAUCUAUCCCUAUCAGGAUCCUCACAAGGCGGCCUAUGAUGAGAUCCGCCUCUUGGCAGAGCUGGUCCAGGCUCUCAUCCUCCAAGCGAUGCAGGAAGUGCCUUUGCGCAGCCUCUUCGACCGCACGGACCAGGUGCGGAUCCCCAUCGCUGCCUUCCGGCUGGAGAACGACUAUGUCCCACUCAAGUUCCUGGCAAAUCAUUCGUGGCUCAGUGUGGGAGUCGAGGAUGGGCUUUUAAUGGCUCUGGCAGAUCCACCACAUGUACCCUUCCAAGUCAAGGUGGGGCAGGAAGAUGGGGGGUUGGAAGAUGGACCGAUCCGCAGCACCGGCUGGCACGGCUGUGGAUGCCUUGUUCAAAAGCCCCAAAACUUCGUGGAUGCCGUGGAGAUCUCGGAAGCUGUGGAAACCAAGGUGCAGCGGCUUCCAGACCUGGUAGGCCAGUACCCGGUGAGGUUUUCUGACGGUGCACGUCUGGAAACUGGGUUGGUGAGGCAGGCAUGGUCUACAUUAGAGGCUGCACGAGAUUUCUGCUUCGAUGCAAUGUGCAUCAGCCUGCGGCGCCGCAGUGUGUGA